AUGGCAUCAAGUUCUGGCGUUGGUAACAGCUCAAUACUUAUCAAAGAUGUACCUUCGACCUUUCGUGCUUAUCCUCUUCCACUAGCAAAAUACGAGGAUGUUGUAGACAAUUCCCACCUCUUCCUUUUUACCUUGGAGAAGCUUCACGCAUCUAUGGGUACCAAGUACAUGAUUCCCAUUGUUGGAGGAAGAGAACUAGAUUUGCAUCGCCUCUUUGUUGAAGUGACAUCCCGAGGAGGGAUUGCAAAAAUAAUUAGAGAGAGGAAAUGGAAAGAAGUAACUUCAGUCUUCAAUUUUCCAUCAACAGCUACAAAUGCUUCUUUUGUGUUAAGGAAGUACUAUGCUUCAUUACUCUACCAUUAUGAACAAAUAUACUAUUUUAAAACCCGAGAAUGGGACCCCACUGCUCCUGAUGUUUUGCAUAAUCAAUCGACCUUGGCAGUUCCUCCUCCAAAAUUGCAGUUUCCACAGCCUUUGUCAGAUAUUCAACAAGCUGUCUUUCAACAGUCAAAUGUUAAUGCUGCUAAAUUGCCUGAAGCAAUGACAACAUCUUCGGCUGGGUCUCAAGUCAUUGGGGUCAUUGAUGGGAAAUUUGAGAGUGGGUAUCUAGUCACUGUCACGAUCGGGUCAGAGACACUAAAAGGAGUACUUUAUCAAGCUCCACAGAAUCCUGUAUUGCCGGCAUCCCAUCAUAGUGCACCAGCUAAUGAUAACAAUGCUUCUGCUUCAGUGGGUGUACAUCGACGGCGACGCAGGAAGAAAUCAGAAAUAAAAAGAAGGGAUCCUGCUCAUCCAAAACCUAACAGAAGUGGGUACAAUUUCUUCUUUGCUGAACAGCAUGCAAGACUAAAGGCACUUCACCAUGGAAAGGACAGAGAGAUUAGUAGGAUGAUUGGUGAACUUUGGAACAAGUUAAAAGAAUCAGAAAAGAAGGUUUAUCAAGAGAAGGCCGUGAAAGAUAAAGAGAGGUACAGAGCAGAAAUGGAGGAUUAUCGAGAGAAACUGAAGAUGGGUCAAGUUAUCAGUGAUGCUGUGCCCCUUCAACAACGACUUCCUGGACAAGAUGCAGACAUGUUGGAUGUUGACUUAAAAAUGGAUGAAGCUGAGGCAGAUUCCCUUCAAACUCCAGAGGAGAGUAGUUCUGGUGGAAGUGACUAUGAAGAUUAUAAUAAAACUGCUGAGAGAGGUUUUGAUAUGGAUGCAUUACCUGUAAUAGGAAUGGGUGCAGAAACAAGCUAUUUGGGUUCGGAAGACAAGUCAUCCAAAGGGGGUUCAUGA